CACUGGAUACAUUGCUACUGCAUACACGAAAAUAAUUUGUCCAAAUAGUGCAUGUUUUAAAACAUUUUCUGUAUGUGUUUAGCACGAAGUUCAAGCUGAUCCAGCAUUCAUUGCUAGCGACUGACUCUGUCCAGUGUCCACUUGUUUGUUAUGAAUAUAUCGAAAGUGACAACAUCGCUUGCUGCUGCGGCUGCUGCCGCCGAAAAGGCAAAACCCGAACGUGUAACAUCUGCAACCGCAGCGCUCAAUUUUAAUGCAAUCAAUAUACAGAAGCGCGCCAGCAUCGACGAUACCGAAGAUCCUAAUCGCAAGAAACUGAAAACCGAAUUUCUGCUUUGCCCGCCAUCGACUAGUUUGCCCGCCAAACAACAACAGCUAAUCCAGCAACAGAAACACCACCAGCACCACCGACAGCAGCAGCGUGCUGUCGUCCCAGGAGGGUCCGUCAAAGCAACGUCAUUGGCAUUCCAAGUAACAGCUGCGUCUGCAGCCUCAAAACAAACAUCCACAGCCUCCGAGAAGUCUACAGUUGACCAAUACCAGCAGCACCACCAGCAAGUGGAGCAAGGUGACACCGAGAAUGUCUGGGAUCCGCGCGAGGAUCAGAUUAUAGUAUGUAACUUUGGUGCUAACGCUGAAAUGAGUGCCUCAAUCAAGCCUGAAGAAGCGCUCGAGGGUGGCCAAAAGCAAAGCUUUACAAGCUUUACCAAAAAGGAGGCCGUCUGUCCGUCGUCUGCAUCUUCUUCUUCAUCGAUGGCCUCCACUAUUUCGAUCGAGCCGAGUGGAGGAGCCGAGCAUGUCGAGCAAGCCAACAAGACAGUGUUGUCAUCUGCUGCUGUCGAGGAUCUGGACUACGCCCUGCUGCCAUCCUCGGCACCUGAACAAAAGGUGGUGCCCGAAAGCUCAACCAUCGUGUCGGUCUCAGCCGUUGGCGCGGUGACCACAUCUUCAGUCUCCCCUGUCACUGUCGCCUCAUCCACAACAUCUACGAUAAUACUGAAUGCGAGCACUACGAACAAUGGAGGCGGAUCGGGACCAGGCGUGGCUGGUAGCACUAUAAUGAACCAGAAGUCCUCGCAGGCUAACUACAAUAUAUUCAGUGCGACGGCUGCAAGUGGCCAGCAGCAAGUAAGCCACCAGCCCACGUUGCUAAACCGGGUCAAUCUCCAAUCCAAGAUGAAGGGCACCCAGCUGGUGGUGAACACGAAAAAACUGUCCGAGGUCACCCAGACAACGGCCAAGGUCUCCAUAGGUAACAAGACGAUCUCCGUGCCGCUGCUAAUGAGCGCUAGUGGGGCGGCUACAGCUGGUGGCGCCACCAUCGUCGAGAGCAAGCAAGUUAUGCAACCCGGCGGUCAGGUGACCGCCGUGGCCAGCGUUGCCCCCUCCGGGCAACAGAGUUCGGCGCAUCAGCAUCAGCACCAUCCCCAGCACCAGCACCUCAAUUACACAAAGCUGAUCAAGCGCGUGCCUAAGAACCCCACCACGAUCGUUUCGUUCUCGGGCCUUCAGAUCAAGCCGGCCAACACCAAAAUAGUCACCGCCAAGGUGGUCAGCAAGAAAAUGUCCCUGCAGAUCCAGCAGCAGCACCAGCACCAGCUACAGCAGCAGCAGGUCCAGCAGCAGCAGGCCCAACAGCAGGCCCAACAGCAGGCGAACAGCGCGAGCAUGGCCCCCGCCACGGCUAGCAUUGUGUCGAUAACCACCACGAAUCCCAACCAAACAUUCGCCAUGGUUAAGGAAAAGCUGCACGAAGCCACUGAGACUAUCGACACGACGCACGAGUCGGGAGUCGCGGUCAGUGUCAGCUCUAGUCGCAAUCCAACCACCAGACUGGCUGGCCACAAGAUAGCCUACAGUGACAACAUCUUCAACAAGUCCAAAUCGCAGGACUCUGGAGCCGGCGACGAGUUUGGAAGCAGCGUCAACAGCGUCGUGAUAAAGCCCCUGGAUAAAGUCAGUCACAACUGCUCGCCCAGCUUUAAUACCUUCAAGCAGCAGUCCGUGCCGGGGGGAGCGGGUGUGGCGGGCGUCGCCGUAAAUCAGACAACUGGUACGGUUCCUGUCACGGUGACAAUGACCUCAUCCGCCUCCGGCAGCGGCUCUGACCAGAUGACCAGCAGCACCUCCUCCGUCUCAGUGUCGGCCAUACUCAAUGAGGCUGUGACCAAGUCGACGGCGGGGACAAUCUGCAUCAACACUCCGGGGAUGGGGGCCCGGCCCAUCAUCUCCAUACAGAACAAGAACAUAUCCCUGGUGCUCUCUAAGACGACGAUGGCCCAGCAGAAGCCCAAGAUGAUCACCACCACCGUCAGCAGCUCCGCGCUGCAGAUGCACCACGCCCUCAACCAGGACCCGUAUUCGGAAAAACAAUCCGCCUCGUCGUCAUCAUCGACACCAGCGUCGGCAUCAGUAGUUUCAGUGUCAGUGUCGACGCCAGCUCCAAUGCAGCUAAAGCUCACGUCGGUUCCCUCUGUGGCAGGCUUGGGAUUGGGCGUGGUCACCACACCAGCCACCACGCCCACCAAAUUGGGUGCGAGCCUAGCGGCGGCAGAGGCGCUGCCCUUCUCGAUUAUAAUCCCGAAGCUAGAUGAGUUGAGCAACGAACCCAAGACCAAUCUGCUGGCCAAGCAGGAGGCAAUAGUCAAGGAUGCCCCCGUCGCUCCGUCUACGGCUCCACUCGCUGAACAGGCCGGCGAAGUCCUAGUCGCGCCGGAGAAGCGUCUGAAUGCCGCAACCACCCUGACAGCCAUCACAGCCGCAGCUUCAGCUCCAGGCCCACCUGCAACCACGCAAACGGGGACGAGCACAACCAUGCCUGCGCCCACGCCCACGCCUACACCCACACCUACACCCACACCCACACACACAGGCCCAGGCACUGGAGCAAGCGGCGGAGCAUCUGCGGCAGCUACCGGUAACAGUAGCCAGCGUUCCAGCUCUGAUGACUCGAACAACGCACUGCUGAAGCAGCUGCUGCAGAACAGCAGCAGCAGCCACAGCCACAAUCUCAAUCAAAUCAGCAUCAACUCCGCCCACGUCGCCGCCAGCACAGCGCCACUGUCUGCCCGCAAGGUGAUCAACGUGCGGGCCCCGAGCAUGGGUCUAGUCAGCUCCCUGGAGGCGCAGUUGGCCCGUCCCGUCAUUCCGCCGGUGCCAGCGGCGGUAAGCAGCAGUGGCGGAUCCGUGGCCACGCCCACAACCACCACCACAGUGGCAAAUGGGAGUGGGAAUGGGAACAUCAGCCAGCAGGCGACUGCUGCCGGAUCAGCUGCUCUGCCUGUCGCUCCAUCUGUUGCCGCUUCUGCCUGCGCCCCGAAUUCUGCGACUACUGAAGCUCCCGUUCCUCCAAAUAAUGCCGUUGCGGAGCUGGAGCAGCAGAUAUCGGUGGUGCAGCAGUCCUCGCUGGCCCUGCAGGCACUAGCACAACCACAACCACAACCAACACCCCCGCCACCAGCAGCAGCCCAGCAACAGAAACAGCAUCAGCACCAGCACCAGCCCCAACACCAAGUGAAGCAAACCGUUCAGAUUGUGUCCAAGGAGACUUCGUUCAUAUCCACACCUCCGGCACAGCACGCAGCUCUAUCAAUAGGAGAUAGGAAGCUGACGGAGUCUUCGGCAUGCACAUCGUCAAGCAAGCCGGCAGAGUUCUUGCCGCCGCCGCCGUAUGAGCUGGCCACCGCUCCCGUUUCCAAUGUGACAAUCUCCAUAUCCACCAAGCCCUCGAAGGAUAUGAAUCUGCAGAUGAAGCACAAGUCCGCUUCCGCCUCCGCGUCCGCGUCCAUGUCCAUGCCAAUGGCGAAGGCAAUGGAACAAGAGUCCCUGGGUGUGCCCUUGUCAGAGCAGGCUGAGCAGCCGCCAACCGCCUCGGACAACCCAAAGACAGCAGCAACAUCAGCAGCAGUACACGCUACAGCAGGAGCCGGAACAGGAGCGGGAGCGGGUGCGGCAUCAAUAACAAACAGCUGGAGCAGACAGAUCCAGAACAACAACAGCAGCAUUCACAUUGAGGCGGGAAUGGGACAAAUCCUGGCCCCCCAUAAGAUAACCUUUAAGUCGGGCGAGGCGCAGAAGAGGAAACUGCCCAUGCAGUCGCAUCCCCAGCUUGAGGAGAAGGACCAGCUGCAGCACAGCCACCCCGAUGCCUCGCACAGCACUGAUAUGAUGCAUAUGCAAAUGCAGCUGCCUGGGGCGGUGGGCAUGAAGCCCCUGCCACCCGGUACCAGUUCAGCCGGACCCCCAGGAUCGGAGUCAAACAAGCUGCAGCUUAUUUCAGCUAUAACCAGCUACGUGAAGAAAACUGGGCAGCCAGGAGAGGCGCCCCACCAGGCACAGAUGCAGGCUCAUAUCCAGGGCCAGAUGCCCGGCCAGAUGCACGUGCACCAGCAGCAGCAACACCAGAAGCAUCAGCAACAUCAGCAACAAGUGCAGCUGCAGGCGGCUCAUUCACAUGCUCAGGCGCAUCCCCAAGCCCAUCCGCAGCCCAAUCCUCAGAGCGGGCCAACGGCUAUGGAACCCAAGGCUGGGGACCAGCGCAAGCGACGGAAACGCGACGUACAGAAACCACGGAGGGGCAAUCACAGCGCUGGGCAGGCGGCCAACAGUCCCAAGGAUCUGUCCGGGACGCUGCCAGCAGGUGCGAUGGUGCAGCUGGCCCGCAUGCCCCCGGGAAUCCAGUACAUACAGGGAGCACCCGGCACCGGACAUGUCCCCUCGGGAGUCGUCGGAGUUGGCGGCGGAAGCGGAGGAGGAAGCAGUGCCGCCGCCUCGCCCAUGUUGAAGAAGAGAGUGCGAAAGUUCUCCAAAGUGGAGGAGGACCACGAUGCAUUUACCGAGAAGCUAUUGACGCACAUCCGCCAGAUGCAACCGCUUCAGGUACUGGAGCCGCACCUCAACCGCAACUUUCACUUCCUUGUUGGGAGCAGCGAGAUGGCGGGCGCAGGAACAGGCUCGGGCUCAGGGUCAGGGUCAGGGUCAGGAGGAUGCAACUCUGGCAGCGGCAAGCUAAAGGCAAUCGGAUCCCAAUCCAGGGGUUGGCCGCUGGAGGAGUGUGACGGAGCGCAGCUGGGCCACUUCGGUCGGGUGCGGCAUCCCAGUAUUCCCUCGCUCUAUGACAGCGAACGCUUCGGCGGAAGCGGUGGCCCCGCGGGAGGAUCUGCAUCCCCAUCGGGGACUCUGGGGGGAGUUGAGGGAAAGUCGCAGCCAAUGUCCAACAUCCAAAACGACUUCUACGACCAGGAGUUCUCCACCCACAUCGAUCGGAAUCCCCGCGAGCGUCUGCUUCGGCACAUCGGUGCCGUGAAGGACUCCAAUCUGGAGACCAUUGAGCUGGUGGAGGGCGAGUCAGUGACCGCUUGGACGGCCCUCCCUCGACUCACCCGCUUUCCGGGCCUAAUUCUGCUGAACAACAACAGUCGUUGCCACGGCCGGAUGUCGCCGGUGGCUCUGGCCGAGGAUCCCCUUUCCAUGCGGAUGCCCACUUCUCCCCUGCUUCGAAACUGCGCCGAGGAAUUGCGAAAGGGCCUGCAAAUGGAACUGGGAUUGGGAGGCGGACACGGACACAGCCACAGCCACAGCAGCCUCAACAGCAACUGCAACAGCAAUGGCAGCAACAUUAGCAACAACAACAACAACAACUAUCAGCAGAAAAACCAAAAUGUGAUACUCUCGCUGCACUCCUCGACGACGGACAACAUAGCCGGCGUGCUACGGGAUCUGGCCAAUCUGCUACACCUGACGCCCGCUCUCACAUGCAAGCUCAUCGAGGAGAAGGCGGACCCAAAGGCUGGCGCCGAGCCUAGCCUCGAGCAGUCAAAGGGCAAGGGGGCCAGGGGCGAGGACGAGGAGCAGGCGGAAAAGGAGCCCUUCAAGCGGCCGCACUCCGUGAGCAACGGCCACCUGCGAAAGAUACUCAAUGGGCGGCGAAAGUUGUGUCGGAGCUGUGCCAACGUCGUCCCAGCGAGCGGGCUGCAAGUGCCCAGCCAGAGCAUGCCUCCGCUGGAGGAGCAGCUGCCCCGGUUGGCCCAGCUAAUGGCGCUACUGCCCCGGAAGACGCCGCCUCCUCCGUUCUUCUACUUCUGCAAUCGCGCCUGCCUGACCAUGUUUAAGUGGAGCGAGAAGCAGACUCAGGCGAAAGCCGAGGCGGCCAGCGUCUCUCUGCUCACGGCCAGCGGGUCCUCGAAGAGCAUCUUUGCAUCAGGCUCGGGUCCGCCCGUUCCCCAAGAUAAUGUGGUGAAGACGGAGCCGCCGGAGGAGGAGCUGGAUGCGAGGCAGAACCAGCAUACCAGCGAGACCGCUGCGGCCCCACUGCAGCGUAAGUGUAUCGUAAAAUGCUUUAGCAGCACCUGUUUCGCCACGGAAUCCUCCACGGGCGCGAACAUCAAGCAGGAGUGGAACGAGGCGGCGACUUCAUUCGCUGCUCCGAGCAACACAGUGUGGGAAACGGAUGUGGUCAGCCACUUGGAGGACACGCGCCAGUGCGUCUUCUGCAAUCAACGCGGCGAUGGCCAGGCCGACGGACCCUCACGCCUGCUUAACUUCGAUGUGGACAAAUGGGUGCAUCUCAACUGUGCCCUGUGGUCGAACGGUGUGUACGAGACGGUGUCCGGGGCGCUGAUGAACUUCCAGACUGCGCUGCAGGCGGGGCUAAAUCAGGCGUGCAGCGCCUGCCACCAGCUGGGAGCGACAAUUAAGUGCUUCAAGUCGCGCUGCAACAACCUCUACCACCUGCCCUGCGCCAUCCGGGAGGAGUGCGUCUUCUAUAAGAACAAGUCCGUUCACUGCAGUGCCCAUGGCCAUUGCCACACCCAAAACCAUGCAAGCAGUGGAAGUGCCAAUGCCAGUAUCGGGUCUGGCUCUGGCGCUGGCUCUGGAGCCGCUUUCGGGACAAUAGAGAACGAGCUAAGCUCUUUCAUUGUGCACCGUCGGGUGUUCGUGGACCGCGACGAAAAUCGUCAGGUUGCCACCGUCAUGCACUACACGGAGCUGAGCAACCUGCUCCGGGUGGGCAACAUGACGUUUCUCAACGUGGGUCAACUGCUGCCCCACCAACUGGAGGCCUUCCACACGCCCCAUUUCAUAUAUCCGAUCGGCUACAAGGUGAGUCGCUACUAUUGGUGCGUGCGGCGUCCGAAUCGACGUUGCCGGUACAUAUGCUCCAUUGCUGAGGCCGGCUGCAAGCCUGAAUUCCGGAUCGUGAUUCAGGACGGCAGCGACAAGGAGCCGGAGCGCGAGUUCCAGGCCAGCACGCCAUCGGGGGUGUGGCAGCAGAUCCUGCAACCCAUCACCCGCCUGCGGAAGGUGCACAAGUGGUUGCAGCUCUUCCCGCAACACAUCAGCGGCGAGGACCUGUUCGGGCUAACGGAGCCAGCCAUUGUGCGCAUACUGGAGAGUCUGCCCGGGAUCGAGACGCUCACUGACUACCGAUUCAAGUACGGGCGUAAUCCGCUGCUGGAGUUCCCGCUGGCCAUCAAUCCGUCCGGUGCCGCCCGAACUGAGCCCAAGCAACGCCAGCUGCUCGUCUGGCGCAAGCCGCACACGCAGCGGACUGCAGGCAGCUGCAGCACCCAGCGCAUGGCCAACUCGGCGUCGAUUGCCGGGGAGGUUGCCUGCCCUUACAGCAAGCAAUUCGUCCACUCCAAGAGCUCCCAGUACAAAAAGAUGAAGCAGGAGUGGCGCAACAAUGUAUACUUGGCCAGGUCGAAGAUUCAGGGCCUGGGGUUGUAUGCGGCCCGGGACAUCGAGAAGCACACCAUGAUCAUCGAGUAUAUUGGAGAGGUCAUUCGCACCGAGGUCUCCGAGAUACGAGAGAAGCAGUACGAAUCUAAGAAUAGGGGCAUUUACAUGUUCCGCCUUGACGAGGAUCGCGUCGUAGACGCCACUCUGAGCGGUGGUCUGGCUCGCUACAUCAACCACUCGUGCAAUCCCAACUGUGUGACGGAAAUUGUUGAGGUCGAUCGCGAUGUGCGAAUUAUAAUAUUCGCCAAGCGUAAAAUAUAUAGGGGCGAGGAGCUCUCUUAUGACUACAAGUUUGACAUUGAGGACGAUGCACACAAGAUACCGUGCGCCUGUGGCGCUCCCAACUGUCGCAAGUGGAUGAACUAAUCACAGAAGGAACUGCAACAGCGAGCACCAGCACAAACCUACCCACAUGGAAGUUCCCCCAGUGAGCCCGGAACGUCUCAGCAAAUAUAAAUUCAUUCUCUGAACAUUUUAGAUCAUGUAAAUAUAUAUAUUUAUAUUUAUAUAUAGUUAUAUGUAGGAAUACGUGCUUUUGUAGAGCAAUGGACCCUGUAAGUUAUGUAUUUGAUAUGUGCCCGCCGCCCACUGUAGCUAAUUUGUAAUCCUUAAUCCUUUACCACCCAUAAGCAAUGGGACAGGGGCACAAGAGAGUUAAAGAAGGGGAAAAUGGACAGAGUUGCCAUAGUUUGAAGUGCUCAACUGUAAAAAUCCUACAAAAAAAUAUGUAUUUUAUGUUAGGCACAUUAUUGCACCACAUCCACCCACAACCCAAAACCCACCCCCAGCACCACAACCACAAAGAGCACAGAGAGAUAGGCCCUAGACCCUGGCGAGUGCCCCCCACUUGACUUUAUGCGUGUGUGCCUUUCUUUUUGUUUACCAUUAUUAUAUUAUCAUAAGUAUAACAAUUAUUACUUUUCGCAAUCUUAAAAUGGCCAUUAGAAGGUAGAGACAUGAAAGCGGGACAUGUUUCUCAACAGGUGUAGUAGUAAAUGUAACGUUCACAACCUUCAUUGAAUACGUAGAAACACGAAUAUAUUGUAUUGAAUAUUGUAUUUUAUUUCAUUUAACUAUUUCGCCUUUACAUUAAGCUUAUUAACUAUCCAGAAAGUGUUUUUUUCAUCUCCAUAAGUGUUAAGUAAAUUUUAUGCAACAAUUAUAAAAUCA